AUGCCAGAGCCUGAUGAUUCUGCCGUCCAGGAAAGAGUUGCUAAUGACGGCAGCAACGCCAAUAGUGGUCACUGUUUAGAAGUUUUUCUCGCCAUGUAUGCCUCGCAAUGCAAAAAGUCUGCCACCGAGAUGAACCCUCGUGCGCUGCAGGCUGCUGUUGCGAUGCAAGAAGCUAUUGACCAAUCAAAAAGGGAAGUAUCCGACACGGGCAUAAAUGCAAUAGGGGCAACAUAUACUCUCCAUGCCGUGCCACUUGGCCUUAGCGGCUCACAGACACUUUUCCCAUCCAUUGCUUGCAUGCCUCUUGUCAAGCUCGAUCUUACUGACUGCUAUUUGGGCGAUGCAGGCACUCGCACCCUGGCAGAGUUGUUGAGCACAAGUUCCCGUUGUGGACAUGUGAUGCGCGUUAUUUAUCUAGGUGGUGUUGGUAUCACAGAUGCUUCACCGCUGGCGUGUUUCGUGACAGCAGCCUAUCAUUUGCAGCUGCUUGAUGUCUCUCGCAACAGAAUUGGUACACAACCACAUGGCUUGGCGGUGCUGUGCGCGGCGAUGCAGCACCACAAAUCGAUACGGGAGGUGAAUCUGAGUGACAACCUAAUAAGCGGUUCGUGCACCGUGAGUGUGCGGGCAAUUGCGGAGUGGGUGGUGUGCGCUGGCCACGGCGACGUUUUGCAUCGCAUUGAUUUGCGUUUUAACACGAUGGGGAUGCUGCGGGAGGUUGGCGGUGUUGCCGUUCCGGCAACGACGAAAGUGACACGCCUCAUCUAUGGCACACAUUCACUUGUGGAUGCGCUCUUGUUUAACAACACACUGGAAUCCCUUGAACUUUACGGCAACGCUCUUUCAGCCGAUGUUCUUGAUGUCGUGGGAGCCAAGUUGGCUGUCAACAAGCGUACGAAGGAGAUUCUUCGUAAAUCGCUCGCGCAAGUGGCGUAG